UCUGCUUUGACGUAGUACAGCCAUUAGAAACCGCGGGCUCGCAAAACCAGCGGCGCGGAACAGAGGAAGCAAAAACCCCUUCACCCUCCUUCCUACUCGAUUCGAUUCGAUUCUUCUCCCACCCCCGAUCAUGGCGUCGUCCUCCUCCUCGUCACAGUUCGACGAUCCGGCGGUGAGGCGCCCGCCGCCGCAGCAGAGGAAGCCGCCGUUGCUGAUGCUGCUCCCGCUCAUCUACGCCCCCGUUCUCCCCCUCAUCAGGAUUGGUCUUCGGCACAACCCGGUGUGGAGGGACCGCCUCUUCUACGGCGUCCUAGCGGGCGCAUUCGCCCACGGCACUUAUCUCAUAUCUGAACUCUAUGAUGCGGAGAGCAAGUGAAUUUUGUCCUCCAAAGAUCCAGCUAUAAGUUUCCAGGUGGUGAUUUAUGACAUGAUGAUUGCAUGUCUACAAUUGAUGAGGACUAACUGCUUUUCAAAUUUAAAGUUUGUUUAUUACCUGCUUUUCUUAAUUCCAUUCAAGGUUUAUGCUUGCUAUAUAUAAUGAAUUAAUGAUAGAUUGAUUGAGCAGUAUAAAAUAAUUGUAACUGCCUGCAAUACAUCCGGCAAUAGUUUUGGUUUGCUGCAGUUUUACAUUCCUCUUUCAUCCUGUAAGAUUUUGGAAUAUAUCCAGGUUAUGUGUAACUAUCUCUGGAAGGAAUAUAAAAAGUAGAUUUCAUUCGUAAUGUUCGGAAGGAAAAUAUCUUGUAGGACAAA